AUGAGGCAAGCCGUCCUGUGGUUGGGUAUCCUUGGGACCUGUGUCUUCAGCACCAUCGUGUCAUCCUCUCCGAGUCCUCCGGUUAGGCCAGUGGUGAAACCGUUUCCAAAAAAAGGCCUAGGCGAAUGCGACUGCUUCACGGUGUCAGGGCCCGACCCCGGGUACUUCCAGCAUCACAAGCUCUGGGACUUUCGCGCCGUUCCUCUUGCUUCUGACCUUGAACCUCGUUCGGAUCCACCAGACCUCGACAGUGACGAUGAAGAUGACUGGGACUCCAACUUCUGGGAUGAAGGAGAUAACAACAGAGAUCACGACCGAAACAAGCAAGCGCCCGAAUCCGAUGCCCUUUGGUUCUUUGAUUCCUCCUUCAACGAAGACUGGACCAUCCAGCAAUGGGAGCGCCCUCGCAAACCAGAAGCCCCGAUAAAUAUGAUCAACUCCAAGCACAACAUCUUUUUCACAAAGAACCGUGGACAACGGGAUCCGGAUGCAACAUAUCUCGUCCUCCGCACCACCCGCCACGACAACUUCACGUCGACUGCGGAGAUUGAGACUCGUAUAGACAAUAUCUAUCGCUGCUCCAUACGAGUGCGACUGCGGAUUCUACCAGCUGAUGUGUCGGUGUCACAUCCAAAGGAAUUUCCGCCGCGAGAGCCACAACACUGGAUCCCACCGUUGAACAACAACACGAUCCCAGACAAUGUAACAAGCCCAGUCGAAGUAGGCAGAGCUCCAUCAGGUGCAUGCGUCGGUAUUUUCACUUACCACCCUCCCAACUGCGAAUCGGACAUCGAGAUCCUGACCAGCGACCCCGUAUACCGUGUGCGCUAUUCAAAUCAGCCGGACUACGAUCCCGUCACGGACACAAUGAUCCCCGGAGCCAGCACUGUUGUAGACCUACCAGUUCCCUGGACAGCCUGGUCAACUCAUCGGCUGGAUUGGCUCUCGGGAGUAUCACGCUGGUGGGUGAACGACAAGCCACAGGAGGCCAAGACGUACCGAGUCCCCCAUCAGCAAAGCAGACUGGUCAUCAAUCUCUGGAGUGACGGAGGGGUCUGGACUGGGGACAUGAGACUCGGUGAUAGCAUCCACUUGGGAAUCGAGUAUAUUGAGCUAGCCUACAACCGAUCAUCCGACGGUUCCAAAUCCGUUCCUCUCGCCCAACAACAUGGUGGCCAUCAACAGCCGCUUGCCAAUCUGUCUGAGUCCGAUUUCGACUAUGUCUUGGAAAAUUCUUGGGAACCGGAUACUGACUCCCUUAGCGGCAUGAAGAAGAAAAAGAAGCAUCGCAAAUGCAAGAAAGGGAAAAAAGGCCGGAAGUGCAGGAAGAAGCACCACAAGGAGCCGAAGGAGUCGAAGGAUCCCAAGUGCCGUCGCGUUUGCAACAUUGAUGACCUUCACCUUGGCGAGCGUGGUGUGCAUUGA